UUUUUUUCUCUGCGAUUGGAAAUUGGAAUUUCUUGACGCGUCAAAACAGUUGAGGUUGAGCCGCUGCCCUGGCCACGAUCAUUGCUCUGUUUGCUGUCCGGCUUUCUAUAUAUAAAAAAAAAGAACAAUUAAAACAGUAGUUCCAUUAAUCAGCUAAGAAAAAUUAUUUGCUUAGCAGACACAAAUUAUCAAACAUAGACGCGAAUCAAAUAAAAAACAUGGAUCGCCAGAGUCUUGCCGCAUUCGUUAGCCCCUACAAAUGCCGACCAUGGAUGACCAGUACAGGGGCUGCAGCUCCGAGCGGUGGUGGUAAGGGUCUUAAGGGCAUUGUGGCUGGUGGUAUUACGGGUGGAAUUGAAAUCUGCAUCACAUAUCCCACUGAGUACGUGAAGACACAAUUACAGCUGGACGAGAAGGGCGCCAAUAAGCGAUACAAUGGCAUUGCCGAUUGUGUAAAGAAGACAGUGCAGCAACGUGGCUUCUUUGGUCUGUAUCGUGGUCUCAGUGUUCUGCUCUACGGCAGUAUUCCCAAGUCGGCAGCAAGAUUUGGUGCUUUCGAAUAUUUGAAAGGACAUGCAGUGGAUUCGAAGGGUCAAUUAAGCACUUCGGGCAAACUGCUCUGCGGUCUGGGUGCCGGCGUCUGUGAGGCAAUCUUGGCCGUGACUCCAAUGGAGACCAUUAAGGUCAAGUUCAUCAAUGAUCAGCGCAGUGCCAAUCCUAAAUUCAAGGGAUUCGCCCAUGGUGUGGGGCAAAUUGUCAAAUCGGAGGGUAUUAGUGGAGUCUACAAGGGUCUAACCGCCACCAUAUUGAAGCAGGGCUCCAAUCAGGCCAUCCGAUUCUUUGUUCUCGAGUCUCUGAAGGAUGUCUACAAGGGCGAUGAUCCCAAUAAGCCAGUGCCCAAGCUAUUGGUUGGCGCUUUCGGCGCUGUGGCUGGAGCUGCUUCCGUUUUCGGCAAUACACCCUUGGAUGUGGUCAAGACCAGGAUGCAGGGUCUGGAGGCAGCCAAAUACAAAAAUACGGCGGAUUGUGCUCUAAAGAUCCUGCGUAACGAGGGUGUUGGCGCCUUCUACAAGGGCACAGUGCCGCGUCUGGGACGCGUGUGUCUUGAUGUGGCCAUCACGUUCAUGAUCUAUGAUUCAUUUAUGGAUUUGUUCAACAAAGUGUGGAAAUAGAGAGAGAGUAUAGAUGAGGCUUAGGGACUUAGUUAGUUAGUAAACAUCCUCCAACCCACCCUCACCUCACCUCAGUUUCAGAUCCUAGCCGACCUAGUCGACUGUUACAAUAGUUAAUAGACAUACAGAUUUUGACCUGCUAUAUUCCAUGAGAGCAUUUUUAAGUGUUACGUUAUUGCGUAGAGCCAGAAACUAUAUAUAUUUAUACAUAUAUAUAUUUGUAAAGCAUUUAAAACAUCGAAACUAUAUCCAAGAAUUGUACAUACAACCAACUAAAAAUAAAUGCAUUUCAAUGUGUAUAAAAUAAAAACGAAAUAGAUGUACAAAAAAA